AUGAAUGAGAAAAUUGUUAUAGCUCUGCACAGUUAUGAACCAGUUAAAGAACAUGACCUGCAGUUCAGCAAAGGAGAUAAACUUAAAAUUUUACAAGAUAAUGGGAACUGGUGGCUGGCAAAGUCCUUAGUAUCUGGAAAGGAGGGAUAUAUUCCAAGUACUUAUACAGCACCACUGGAUACCCAUGAGGGGGAAAGAUGGUUCUUCAAGAAUUUAAGCCGGAAAGAAACGGAACGGCUGCUCCUUGCCCCAGGAAACAAACCAGGAGCCUUUCUGAUCAGAGAGAGUGAAACAAACAAAGGAGCCUUCUCCCUGUCAGUGAGAGAUUCCACUGCAUCACACAGAGAUGUAGUCAAACACUACCAGAUCCGUUCCCUAGACAAAGGUGGCUAUUACAUAUCCCAUAAGAUUGACUUCCCUUCUCUAAAACAGAUGGUGCAGUAUUACACAAGAACAGCAGACGGUCUGUGCCAGCGACUGACGGUGCCCUGCAAAGCUCCGACUCCCCAGACACCGUGGGGGCAGGAUGAGUGGGAGAUCCCCAGAGAGACCCUUAAGCUGGAGAAAAAGCUCGGCGCGGGGCAGUUUGGGGAGGUGUGGAUGGGAUAUUAUAAGAACAGCAAAAAAGUUGCCAUCAAGACCUUGAAGGAAGGCAGCAUGCCCUCUGAAGCUUUCCUGGAAGAGGCCAACCUAAUGAAGCAACUGCAGCAUGACAAGCUGGUGCAGCUCUAUGCUGUCGUUACCAAGGACCCAAUACUAAUUGUUACAGAGUUCAUGGUCAAUGGCAGUUUACUAGACUUUCUGCAAACCGACGAAGGACACAGACUGCAGCUUCCAAAAUUGAUUGACAUGUCCGCACAGAUUGCAGAGGGAAUGGCAUACAUUGAGAUUAAAAAUUACAUUCACAGGGACCUGCGUGCUGCCAACAUCCUGGUCUCAGAAACGCUGACAUGCAAAAUCGCAGACUUCGGCCUUGCAAGGGUCAUUGAGACUGAAUACAUAGCGCAGGAGGGUGCCAAAUUCCCUAUCAAGUGGACAGCACCAGAGGCAAUCAAUUUUGGCACUUUCAGCAUCAAAUCAGAUGUCUGGUCUUUUGGGGUUCUACUCACAGAAAUUGUUACAUAUGGAAGGAUACCUUAUCCAGGCAUGACCAACCCUGAGGUCAUCCGAAACUUGGACAAGAACUAUAGGAUGCCGUGCCCUGAUGGCUGUCCCAUUGAGCUCUAUGACAUCAUAUUGAAGUGCUGGCGAGAGAGACCAGAAGACAGGCCCACCUUUGAAUACUUACAGGUCACCUUGGAGGACUUCUAUACAUCAACAGAAGGACAAUAUGAGAUGCAGCCAUAGUAUCAACAGUCAGCUAGUUUCUGAUAGGAAAGCUUCUGAUAUCACAAGAUGCAUGAAUUCAAAACGGCAUGGAGGUUUGUGUACAGUGCAUUUUCCUACCUUGAUAAGUCUGAAGUCAAUGACUUGAAAAUGUUUUUUUUUCAACCAGUGACUGAUUGUUACAUGUC